CAACUCGCAGCAGGUUGCCAGUGGACCAGCCAGUUCCGAAUCAUCAGCCCGCAGCUUAAUCUCGCAGAGUCUGCCACCCGAGUCGAUCAUCCCAUUUGUCGCCGCCAAUCGAUAGUGAAGAGAUGUUUGCCCGUGCCGUGAAAACUGCCGCCUGCCAGGGUGCGAAGAACUUUUCCACCUCGAGCCAGAACAAUGUUAAGGUCGCUGUGUGUGGAGCAUCGGGCGGUAUCGGCCAGCCUCUGUCGCUGCUGCUGAAGAACAGCCCACUGGUGACGGAACUGUCGCUGUACGAUAUUGUGCACACUCCCGGUGUUGCUGCGGAUCUGUCGCACAUCGAAACCCAGUCGAAGGUCACGGGAUACAAUGGACCGGAAAAUCUGGAGAAGGCUCUGAAGGGUGCUGACAUCGUCAUCAUUCCGGCCGGUGUGCCCCGCAAGCCCGGCAUGACCCGCGACGAUCUGUUCAACACAAACGCUUCGAUCGUACGCGAUCUGGCCGCCGGUUGCGCCAAGGCCUGCCCGAAAGCCCUUAUCGGUAUCAUCUCGAACCCGGUCAACUCGACCGUUCCGAUUGCCUGCGACACACUGGAAAAGGCCGGCGUGCUGGACCCACGCCGUGUGUUCGGUGUCUCCACACUGGAUAUCGUGCGUGCCAACACGUUCGUCGGCGAGGCGGCCGGUGUCGACCCGCAGAAGAUGAACGUGCCCGUUAUCGGUGGACAUUCGGGUGUCACGAUCAUCCCGGUGCUAUCCCAGACGAAGCCAGGUGUGAACUUCCCGCAGGAUAAAAUCACUGCCCUCACGGAACGCAUCCAGGAGGCAGGCACGGAGGUGGUAAAGGCGAAGGCCGGUGCUGGAUCGGCCACGCUUUCGAUGGCCUAUGCAGGUGCUCGGUUUGCGCUCGCGCUCGCACGAGCAAUGAACGGUGAGCAGAAUGUGAUCGAGUGUGCGUACGUCCGUUCGGACGUGACCGAGUCCAAGUACUUCGCGACUCCGCUGCUGCUCGGCAAGAACGGCCUGGAGAAGAACUUGGGCCUGCCGAAGCUGAACGCGUUCGAGCAGGAGCUGCUGAAGAAGGCCAUCCCGGAGCUGAAGAAGAACAUCCAGAAGGGAGAGGACUUUGUUAAGAAGAACUAAAUACAUGUGUGGAAAUUCACUACGACGAGGUAGCUACGUAGAUCGGUUCUUUUAGAGCAUUUUCUUUUUGCUUUUCCAUUUGAACUCAAUCCAACUGGAACGAAAGUUUUCCUUAGUUCUCGUAGCUACAAGCGAUCCUCUGAAACAUUGGACAAAAAAGAAAACCACGAAAGCCUCACGCCAACACAAACAACUGCGGCCAGUAUGAAGAAUUGCACGUCUUUUGAGCGAACCUGAGUGUAAUUCUAAUCAGUCUGCUACCAGUGACGGAACCGCCAUAGUGUGUAGAGACAGCGAGUUGAAGAUACAAAAUAAAGUGUAAUUUAUUUGGUACAAAUUAGCACACUUAA